UUAAAAUGUUUAUUGCUUUUGACCUACCCAGAAAUUCCCACUUUGGGAUUUCUAUCCUGAGGGAAUAAUAGGAUCUGUAGACAACAUUUUGGACAGGAAGAUAUUCAACCCAGUGAUUUAUAAUAAGAAAAAAAAAAAAAACAGUGAACAUCUAAAUCCCUAAUUUCAGAGAAAUUAUUACAUAAACCAUGGUGCUAGAGCUCCAGCAAUGAUGCAAUGGGAUUGACAAUGCCUCUGCAGCAGCAGGGAUGCGGAUGCGAUCCCUAGCCAGGCUCAGUGGGUUAAGGAUCUGGUGUUGCUGUAGCUGUGGUGUAGGUCGCAGCCCUGGCUUGGAUUUAAUCCCUGGCCCUGGAUCUUCCAUACGUUGUGGGUACAGCUGGAUAAAAUCAAACAAAACAAAACAUGGGAGUUCCCAUCAUGACACGGUAGAAACGAAUCCAACUAGUAUCCAUGAGGAUGCGGGUUUGAUCCCUGGCCUUGCUCUGUAGGUCAACAAUCUAGUGUUGCUGUGAGCUAUGGUGCAGAUCACAGAUGAGGCCUGGAUUCCUAGCCUGGGAAAUUCUAUAUGCUGUGGGUGCAGCACUAAAAAACAAACAAAAUCCGCCAUGAAUAUAAUAUUAGAAUGAGGUUUAUGGGGAAAAUGUUACUGAUGGAAGAAUAAUUAAUAAUAUAACAAUAUAAUAUUGAGAACAUGUAUUUAUGUUAAAAUAUUUGAAAAUUAAAAUGAUUUAAGAUAUAAUAUAAAAGCAAUAAACAAAAUGACCUGUGGUCACAAUUAUAGUAAAAUUAGGUAAGGAACAAAGACAAACGAAACCAGCCAACAUUCUCUCUAAAUGGGAGGUUACAGCAGAUUUUCAAUCACUUGUUCAUACACUUACAUAUUUUCUCAUAUUCUUUCCUGCCCUGAAUUAUUAUAUGAUCAGAAAAGGGGAAUCAUUUUUGUCCCAAGCCUCCUGAUGUUCCAUCUACCUACAAGUGAGACAGCAUCACUGCAUCUCUCCCACUUCCUCACCUCCUUCCCUACUCCCCUGCUGGUAAGACUCAAGCCUGGCUAAAUUGGACCCUACUCCUGCCUCUCUCGGCAUCCAGCUGUUAAUCAGGCUGGAGAAAACAUUUCAAGGCCACGCACUUGUGCAGGCUUUCAGGAACACGGGCACAUUUACUAGUCAGGGUAUGCUCCAUCCUCCUAGUGAUGGGGCCAUCCUGAGGAUGCUGGCUGGAAACCUCAACAGUUCCCAUUGUGGCUCAGCCUGUUAAGAACCUGACUAGUCCCCAUGAGGAUGAAGGUUCAAUCCCUGGCCUUGCUCAGUGGGUUAAAGAUCUAGCAUUGCUGCAAGCUGUGGCAUAAGCUGACAGCUGCAGCUGUGAUUCAACCUAGUCCAGGAACUUCCAUAUGCUAAGGGUGCAGCCAUUAAAACAAACAAACAAACAAACAAACAUGCCAGGCCUCUUUGGAAACCCUCCCAUGUGUAGGCCUACAUUCCUACCUGGCAAUAGGUUGGGGUAAGUCAGGGCUGAAUUCUUGAGAUUCAGUUUGCCAAAGUCCUCAGCACCGCACAAUGCAUACCCAGAGUCCUUCACUCAUUUGUUACUUCCCUGGCCCCACAAAGCAUUUGCACUUGUGAACCCCAGAGUAAGAUUUAAAACUUGUAAGUUACAGACAUUCAUUUUUCCUGCUUUAUGAAGAAGACAGUGCAGUAAGAAUGACAUCUACGGGCAUAAACCUGCAGCAAUGAGAAACAGUGACACUUGGUCUCUGGUUCUAGGUGUCCUAAGGGCCAUCUCUCCUGAAGUUUAGUUGCUCAACCAAACCUUGGAUUUCAUGCCCUUAAAUGCAGUUUUUUCUCUUGCACUUGCCCUGAAUUUGCCACCUAAUCUGCUCCCCUCAAACCCUACCAGUGAUACUGCUUUAAUGGCUGCCUUAUUUAGUGUUCAUUGAUUGUUCUGUUGUUCAUAUUAGCUUUUGGCUUCCUUGCCCAUCCAUGCUGAACCUCUGGAAGACAGAUAGGCUGGCUCCACGGUUUAUCCAAAGAGCUUUGGAAGUAUGGAUCAUUCCUGUAAAAACACUUCAUUUAUCCAUCAACAUGGAAGAAUAAAGAUUUUCUAGUAUGCAAGUUCCUGCUGUGGUACAGCAGGAUUGGGGGUGGGGGUGGUCUUGGGAGCACUCCAGGUUCUAUCCCAGCCCGGCACAGUGGAUUAAGGAUCCAACGUUGCUGCAGCUCAGAUGUGAUCCCUGGCCCCAGAAUUCCAUAUGCUGCAUGGAGGCCAAAAAUGAAAAAAAAAAAAAAAAUUCUAUUAUGUAUAUUUCUAGGUCAAUAGUAUUUAACUGCCAUGUUGCAAAAAACAUUGUGACUAGAUUGCAGUAAAGUACAAUGAGUAAUCUGUUAGUGAUGAUUUGCUUUUAUUUAUUUAUUUAUUUGCUUUUUAGGGCUGCCCUCGUAGCAUAUGGAGCUUCCCAGGCUUGGGGUCAAAUCGGAGUUGUAGCCGCUGGCCUACACCAUAGCCACAGCUAUGCCAGAUCUGAGCCGUGUCUGUGACCUACACCACAGCUCACAACAAAGCCAGAUCCUUAACCCACUGAGCAAGGCCAGGGAUUGAACCUGCGUCCUCAUGGAUGCUAGUCAGAUUCAUUUCCACUGAGCCAUGAUGGAAACUCCUUAUUUGAACCAGACUGAAUUCAUAGUUUGCACUUAAAUGAGGUUUCUUGAGAGGGAAUGAAGGUGUCACAGAGAGGACAAAGAAGGUAGCCACACACAACCAAAAGGGACUAUUUUUUAUAAUAUAACUGCUACCAAUAAUAGAUAUCCCAGCAGAAUGCUAGAGUCCAGAGUUUAUCCCAUGAUCAAUAAUACAUUUUGGGAUAUAAAAUAUACCUUAUAAUGCCCUUAAAGAAAGACUAACUAUAGCAUGAAACAGAGCCCCUCUCUGUAGGUCUCACGGUCACCAGUAUUAGCAAUUAUUAUAUACUCCCUGUUUGCUUUUCUUUCUUUUUAUAGCGGCACUUGCAGAUAUGGAAAUUCCCCAGCCAGGGGCUGAACUGGAGCUGCAGGUGCCGGCCUAUGCCACAGCCACAGCCACACCAGAUCUGAGCUGAAUCUGUGACCUAAGUAGCAGCUUGCUGCAACACUGGAUCCUUAACCCAGUGAGCAAGGCCAGGGAUCAAACUCACAUGCCCACAGAGACAAUGCUGGGUCCAUAACCUGCAGAGCCACAGUGAGGACUCCCUCUAAGUCUUUUUGAUUGCUUUAUCCUCACUUUGAUGACACUGUGGGAGGUUUAAGUUUUCAAAUGUUUAAUACAUGAAACAGAUUGUUUUAAAUUUCUUCCUCAUUGAUUACAAUUUUUUCCACUUGAACCACAAGUUUUAAUGGCAUCCUGAUGAAAAAUACAUGUUUAGCACUUUGAGCUUUUAACUUGUUAAUUUUUGAGCACUGUUUGCAGCCAAAAUGUGUCAUUAGCAAUGACUUGAAUUCCAUCAAGUCAUUUUUUUUUCUUUUUUUGUCUUUUUGCCCUUUUAGGGCCACACGUGAGGCAUAUGGAUGCUCCCAGGCUAGGGGGUCUAAUCGGAGCUGUAGCCGCUGGCCUAAGCCACAGCCACAGCAAUGCCAGAUCCAAGCCACAUCUGCAACCUACACCACAACUCACAGAAAUGCCACAUCCUCAACCUACUGAGCAAAGCCAGGAACUGAACCCACAACCCCAUGGUUCCCAGUUGGAUUCGCCUCCACUGCACCACAACAGGAACUCCUCAAGUCACUUUUUUCACUCCAGAGCUACAGAUUUUAUGUAACAAAAUGCAUCUAAUACAAGUUUUACUUUGUGCAGAUUUUUGCACAGUAUCAAAACAAGCUCCAGGCUGGGACUCACUAUUAUUGUAAUUCCUUCUUUGUUCUGUAGAUUAACAAGACUUGGAGUUCCUGUCAUGGCUCAGUGGUUAACGAAUUCGACUAGGAACCAUGAGGUUGCGGGUUUGAUCCCUGGCCUUGCUCAGUGGGUUAAGGAUCUGGCGCUGCCAUGAGCUGUGGUGUAGGUCGCAAACGCAGCUCGGAUCCCGAGUUGCUGUGGCUCUGGCAUAGGCUGGUGGCUACAGCUCUAAUUAGACCCCUAUCCUGGGAACCUCCAUAUGCCGCAGGAGUGGCUCAAGAAAAGGCAAAAAGAUAAAACAAACAAACAAACAAAAAACAAGACUCAUGUUUAUUACACAAGAAAGUAUCAGAAAUUAUCCAGGUGUUCCCGUCAUGGCUCAGUAGUAAUGAACCCGACUAGUAUCCAUGAGGAUAUGGGUUUGAUCCCUGGCCUUGCUCAGUGGAUUAAGGAUCCGGCGUUGCCAUCAGCUGUGUUAUAGGUUGCAGAUGCAGCUCAGAUCCUGUGUUGCUGUGGCUGUGGCACAGGCCAGCAGCUACAGCUCGGAUUUGACCCCUAGCCUGGGAACUUCCAUAUGCUUUGGGUGCAGCCCUUAAAAAAAAAAAAAAGAAAAAGAAAAAAAAAUUAUCCAGAUUUUGUUGUGUGUUCACUCAAUUAUAAAUUCAACUAAAUAUAUCAUUAUUUAUACUCAAUUACAAAUAUUGUAAAUUAAUAUUUAUAAUAAAAUAAAUUAUAUUUAUUAAUAUCUGUUAUAUAAUCCUAAGUAUAUAAACAUAAAUACAUUGUAUACCUGCUACUUUCAAAAGAAUCAUAUUGUGCUAAAAAUAAUUUCAAGUUGGUGAUUCUCCUAAAGCAAUUAGUAUUUUCUUAAGACAUGCAACUUAGCUACAUUCCCUUCAGUGACACAGGCCAACCUGUGUCAUGAAUGUUCCUCUGAUGUGGCUACAACAGGAGGCCCUAUUUUCUUGUUUACUUAUUUUUUUUUCUUUUUAGGGCCUCACCUGUGACAUAUGUAAAUUCUUGGGCUAAGGCUUGAAUUGGAGCUGCAGCUGCCAGCCUCCUGCACAGCCACAGCAAUGCCAGAUCCGAGCCACGUCCGUGACAUACGAGAGAGCUUGUAGCAAUGCCAUACUCUUAACCCACUGAACAAGGUCAGGGAUUGUACUGGAACCCUCAUGGAUACUAAUCAGGUUCUUUUUUUUUUUGCUUUUUAGGACCACACUCAUGGCAUAUGGAAGUUCCCAGGCUAGGAGUCAAAUCGGAGCUAUAGCUUCCAGCCUACACCACAGCCACAGCCACGCAGGAUCUGAACUGAGUCUGACCUAAACCACAGUUCACGGCAACGUCAGAUCCCUGACCUACCGAGCGAGGCCAUCAAUCAAACCUGAAUCCUCAGAUACUAGUUGGAUUUGUUUCCGCUGUGCCACAAGGGGAAUUCCACUAGUCAGGUUCUUAACCUACUGAGCCACAAUGGGAACUACAAAUUCUGUGGAAGCCCAUUUUCUAUGGUACUAAUGUCUUAAAAACUGUCAGUACAAACCAAUGAUUUUAUAUGAAAACUUGUAUUAGCUGACUGCAACAAUACAUUUACCACGAUACACUUUACCAUUAAGUAUUUCAAUGUUUUCACCAUCAGUAUGGUUCAGGGUGCAUAUGGGCUAAAUAUCAGCUCUGAUCUAUCUGCUGAACUUAGUACAGCGGCUGACAGUUUCAGUUUCUGGCCAAAACCCCAGAGGAGAUUAUGAAGGAAUCCUGGACCGGAAGAUGGGGCGUGAUCUCAGAAGCAGCCCUAAAAGAGUAGCAGAGCUUACUUUUCCCUGUGAGGAAAAGUAUCAAAUGAUGCCACACCUGAGUCAUUUCAAGAAGUUCCAGCAGUCACUUGAAUUUUCCACCCAUGGGUCAGGUUUUCAAAAACCUUGUAGAAAAGACUUCCUGUUUUACAAAAACUUCUGAAUCAAGGAUUUACAAGUCCUGGCUAACUGCUAAAAACAGGAAGGGAAAAACUGAAAUAACAAUCCCUAAGUUAACACUGCACAAAGCAUCUUGCCACAUCUGCUUCUCCAACUUCUACCAGUACGGAUGCAGACCGCUCCAAGAAACCUCCCUCCUCUAGAUGCGGGCAGCGCAGUCUCUUUCCCUUCUUUCUGAGUACCUACCAUGGGCCACCGUGGAUUGCAGGUGCCGGGAAAAUGAACUCACCGUCUAGCACCAUCGCCCCGCCCCGGCCCCAAGACCAUUAAAUCGUAAGGUUCCCCUUCACACAGCCCUGGCUCCAGCCAAAGACGACUUCUCUCUUUCCACGAUCUCGGGCAGUCACACCAGGUGCUGCGCUCGCAACCCUGGGGCGCCUCCUCCCGGAGGCCUCCCUGGACCCAGGACCCGGCUCCUCCCAGGAGCCUCCUGACCACGAACUGGGCCCCGGCCUCGCUCAAAAACCCCACAAACGGGUGCCACUGUCGCCCCGCCACCGCACACCUGGUGAGUACCGGGCACCUAGGUAGCGCCGGGACAGGCCUGCUCCAAAGAAGUCAGAAUCUAAGGCGUAACUAGUCGCCGGUGCUGCGAGGAGCACAGAGGCGGUGCGCGGCCGCAGAGCGUGGCAGGAAGCGGAAGCGGAAGAGCCCGGCCGCGGCGCUAUCACUGACGUGUCUCUCGGCGAGGCGCGGCGCCCCGGACCAGGCCGGGCGGGCAGUAGAGCUGCACUCGCAGCGCAGCGGAGCCGGAGCGCGACCCGGAGCCCGACCUGGAGCCCAGCAGCCGCCGCCAUGGCGAUCAAGUUUCUGGAGGUCAUCAAGCCCUUCUGUGUCAUCCUGCCAGAAAUUCAGAAGCCGGAGCGGAAGAUUCAGUUUAAGGAGAAAGUGCUAUGGACUGCCAUCACCCUCUUCAUCUUCUUGGUCUGCUGCCAGAUCCCCCUGUUUGGCAUCAUGUCUUCAGACUCAGCCGACCCUUUCUAUUGGAUGAGAGUGAUCCUUGCCUCAAACAGAGGCACAUUGAUGGAGCUCGGUAUCUCUCCCAUUGUCACUUCUGGCCUCAUCAUGCAGCUCUUGGCUGGCGCCAAAAUAAUUGAAGUAGGUGACACCCCAAAAGACCGAGCCCUCUUCAACGGAGCUCAGAAGUUAUUUGGCAUGAUCAUCACCAUUGGCCAGUCCAUCGUGUAUGUGAUGACGGGGAUGUAUGGAGACCCUUCUGAAAUGGGGGCUGGGAUCUGCCUGUUGAUCACCAUACAGCUCUUUGUUGCUGGCCUGAUUGUUCUGCUUCUGGAUGAACUUCUGCAAAAGGGGUAUGGCCUGGGCUCUGGGAUCUCCCUCUUCAUUGCCACAAACAUCUGCGAGACCAUCGUGUGGAAGGCUUUCAGCCCUACCACUGUCAACACUGGCCGAGGAAUGGAGUUUGAAGGUGCCAUCAUUGCCCUGUUCCACCUGCUGGCCACACGCACGGACAAGGUCCGGGCCCUUCGAGAGGCCUUCUACCGCCAGAAUCUCCCCAACCUCAUGAAUCUGAUUGCCACCAUCUUUGUCUUUGCCGUGGUCAUCUACUUCCAGGGCUUCCGCGUGGACCUGCCGAUCAAGUCAGCCCGUUACCGAGGCCAGUACAACACCUACCCUAUCAAGCUCUUCUAUACCUCCAACAUCCCCAUCAUCCUGCAGUCUGCCCUGGUGUCCAACCUGUAUGUCAUCUCCCAGAUGCUGUCCGCCCGCUUCAGUGGCAACCUGCUGGUUAGCCUGCUGGGCACCUGGUCUGACACUUCUUCUGGUGGCCCAGCACGUGCUUAUCCUGUUGGCGGCCUUUGCUAUUACCUGUCCCCUCCAGAGUCUUUUGGCUCUGUCUUGGAAGACCCCGUCCACGCCGUCGUGUACAUAGUGUUUAUGCUGGGCUCCUGUGCCUUCUUCUCCAAAACCUGGAUUGAGGUCUCAGGCUCCUCUGCCAAGGAUGUUGCAAAGCAGCUGAAGGAGCAGCAGAUGGUGAUGAGGGGCCACCGAGAGACCUCCAUGGUCCAUGAGCUCAAUCGGUACAUCCCCACUGCUGCGGCCUUUGGUGGGCUGUGCAUCGGGGCCCUCUCCGUCCUGGCUGACUUCCUGGGCGCCAUCGGGUCUGGAACUGGGAUCCUGCUCGCGGUUACCAUCAUCUACCAGUACUUUGAGAUCUUUGUAAAGGAGCAGAGCGAGGUUGGCAGCAUGGGGGCCCUUCUCUUCUGAGCUGUGGCUCCUGGACCAGGCAGGCAGUGUGCUCUGCGGUGGCUGAAAAGGGAACAAUGAAGCCACACUGUGGGUGCUUCUCUUGAGCGCUGCUGUGGCAGAGACUUGGGUUUAGUAACAUGUUUGAACUUCAUAUUCUUUCAUUCCACUUUCUAAAGUGCUCGAAAUUUUCCAAUUUGAAAUUUUGCUUUUUACUCUGGCACUGGCAUCAGAACUGUAGAAGUGAGGUCUUAAGCUGCCAGUGGUAGGGGUGCUGAGUGCCUGUGCCCAGGUCCAUGUAACUUUUGUCGUAACCAUUGCACCUUCUCGGCGCUGUAUGUGACUGCAGUGGUCUCAGCUGUUCCCCUUGAAGGGACUGUCUUACUGGUUAGAAGCACAAACAUUGUUGAAAUGUCCCACCCUGGGUGCAGGAGGGCAGACGGCUGGGAGCAGGUCGGUUUUCUGGUGUGUGUGGGUCGCUCGCUGGUGGGUCCCCUUACAAUCAGGGGCAGGAACACCUGGCUUAAAACUGUUUCUCUGGAAAACACAAUUGUCUUCCCUUUUUAAAGUAGUUUUUUAGGGCAGAGCUUCUUCCAAAAGAAAGGGAUGAAUGUCCAGAAGACACUCUUGGCUCAUCUGCAUGUUUUUCUACUUUUGCCUAUUGGCUAUUCUCCUUGGCUGGCCUGGUCGGGCUCUGCUGUCUCUGCUUUGCUAAGCCUGUGUCCUCUGCUGGAGCCAGGCCGCAAUGCUGUAGCUUUGCAGAGUCACACGGCCAUCGUGCAGAGGACCCCAAGUGGUCUGUGCAGUUCCUCUGCUGUCACUGGCUUUGCUCCUAUGGUGUGUCCCCUUCCCACCUGGCCAAGGGGAAGCACCAUGGCCAGCCUCAGAUGCUACCUUCUAGGCUCAGGACUUCCCACUUGUAUUUUCGGAAUGUUUUUACUGUGCUUAUUAGGACCAAAUGCAAGUGAAAUAAAUGACAAGACACCUCGGUCUGUCUGCAUUUCAGCAGAACUGCCCAGCAGAGACGGCACAGGCACAGGCUCUAGAUUCAUGGUGAAAUCAGUGUCAGAUUUUUUUUUUUUUUUUUAUGAGAUUCUCCAAUGUUUGCUAUAAAAAAAAGACUCACAAUUAUGUAUAAGUUGACCCAGACCUUAGGGCCCCUUGGGGACCAGCCACACUCAGCAGCAGGAUGGCAGUCAGGUGCUGCAGCCUGAGGGCUUCUCACCAGAGGACACCCCAGUUCUAAGUUGGGAACCCCAGGGGCUAGUGCAGUCCUGUGCUGAGAUACCUCACCAGCAGCGGGCACACAAUGGCCUUCAAAGCACAGAGCCAGCAGAGGUGGUAAACUUGGCACCCAUCUGAGUCCAGAGGGCCUGCAAGACCUUACUGGCCAUGCCGCCUGCCUGGGAAACAGACCAGCCAACAAGAAGAGGCUUGCCUGAUGUCACUUGGCAAGUCCGCAGAGAGCCAGGCAGGCCUGCGGACUGGGGCGUCCACCAUACCAUACGUGGCCUUGUCCGACCCAGUCCCGAGUGGAGACCUGACAUGACCCCCACCCCCACUAGUCCUGCUGCAGCCUGACCACUGUGGCUCAGAUUCCUGCCCCACAGUCACUGGCUACGGAGCGGUGGUGGGAGUGAGGGCUGAUCCUUAGCUUCCAGGGACUGUCACUGUGGACGCCAAAAUGGCAUAACAGAUAAGGUGAAUAAAGAGACAAAUAAAACCAACUUUUUACAAGC